AGACCUCAGUUAAGUCGUCAGUCUGUGUUGUGUAACGGAUCGGGUCCCCGCCCAGAUCUCUUUAAAUACCCACUCCUUUAAAAUCGUUGCAGGGCUGAGGCACAUGAGAAUGUGUUGAAACAUUGUAUCGUUGUUUAUUUGUACAGCAACGUGAAUCCCUUAACUUUUUGGACUUUAUUUAGACUUCUGACAUGGAACUGGACCGGCGGCUGCUGCUGGCCCACUGCACGGCUCACGCCCUGUCCAUCGUGGCGGGCUUGCUGGUGGUCGUCCCCAUGGCUCUCAACGGAUCCGCUUUCAAAGGCCGCUGUGCACUCUUCUCCACCGGCUACUGGAGGACAGAGACCCAGGGAGAGAUGCCGGGGCAGCCCGAUGAUGUCUCACACUUGGUGGUGCAGCAGUGGGGACCACCUGCAGCCUGCCAGUUCCCCACGUUUGUUGGUAUUUUCACGGUGCUGUACGGUGCAGCGCAGGGCUGGAGAUGUCUCUUCUAUCUGCACGGACGACAUGAUGACACCCUGUUCUCAUCCUUCCUGACUGUUCUUCUGAGUGUGUGUGUGCUCUUCCUGUCUGGAGGGGCCAGUGUUAUCCUGUCACUGGGAUUGUCUUCCUGGUGCGAUACUGUGACUGAUGACAGCACACGGCCUUACAGCUGUGCGGAGUCCGAGUCUAUCCCAUUGUACCUGGAUGUAAACACCUCAUCUUUCUACACAGAGCUUAAUCUGGCACAGGUGUCUCUGUGGUGUGUGACCGCGCUGUGGCUGACUCAGGCCAUUCUGGCUUUCCUGAGGCUCUACCACUCUCACAGCCAGCACAUGACUGGACCGUGUCGUCCCAGAGAGAAGGAGAUGUUGCUGGGUCACAGUCCAUCUGACAGCCGCUCACCGUCACCCCCACAUCCUGCUGCAACACCCAUUCUUCUGGUCUAAUAAGUGUGUAUGAGCAAGUAAUAUGAAACCAUGCACACUCUGCAGUUCUCUCUACUGCCUGCAGAAUAUCAACAUACUUUGAUUUGACUUAAUUCAUUGUCUUAUAUAACAAAGCUUGACCAGUAUAUUCUUAAAGUAACAGGACAUGUCAGUAAUGCCAAAGACUUGGUUUGUUCAGGUUGUUUGGAAACAGUGUUACUAUUUUAUACUUUAUUGUUCAGGGAGUACUGACAGACAGUCUGUUUAUAGAUUGUAGAAUCUAAAACAAGGUACCAACAUAUUUUCACCAAACUAGGGGAAUCAUUAUUCUCAUGUUAAAACUGAUUAGAACUAUCAGCUCAUAAAUGUUUUGGUUCCGUUUCUGAAAUCUCAAAUACUGGUACUCAUAGUCUGUUAGGCUAUAUUAUGUAAUGUUAUGACGUUUCAACAGGGCAUGCGUUUUUUGCAUUACAUAACACUGUCAUUCAUCACUUCAAACAUAUAUCUCGGUGUGUGCCUCUUUGUGUAUUUAUUAUAUUUCAAUACCAAACUUGAUAAUUAUUAACUUAAUUAUUUUUCUAAAUGAUGAAAAAUAAUUUUAAAAUGAAGAAGCCCAAAACAUUUUUCCAAAAGACCCUUUUCCCAUUUAUGAUAAAAAUAGAUUUUUUUACUUUGAUAUAAAAUAAGUAGCAUUCAUCUAAUUUCUUUUAAAAGGAUGCAUGAGUGUCUGAAAUGUUGGGAAACAGGUGUCAACAAACUGUCUGCAAAAUUGUUGCAAAUGCUAGCAGUUACAUCUUAUAAAAAACCCAGCAUAAUCAAUAUUACAAGAUAAUCAGCUAUCUGCAGGAUCAACAAAUUUGUGUUCCUUGUAUCCAUUUUCACCAGAAAAGGAUCUGCACAGAAAAUAGCCCUUUUCAGCUUUUAUGUGCAAGACCCUGUUUGAAUUAAAAGGGGUUCCUGUUCCUUUUCAUUCCAGUCAGUUGACAUUUUGUGUAUGCAUCAUGACUAGUGUCCUUGCUUGUUUCAGUAUAAUAUAUUUUUAUUAUACGCCAAAAAUCUAUUACGAAACAAAAGUUACAUAAUAACCUGAAGAGCUAUAACUUAUAGAAAGCGGGGACUUAUCUCUUAUCUGUCUCGUGACAAAAGGAAUUUUGCAGUCUAAAGGGAACACUCAGCAGAAUAACUACAGUGCAUGUAUUCAGUGAUCUAAAAACUCAAACUCUUUCAGGAGGGGUUUCAGAUGUAUUUAAUGUGCAUGUUUGUUUACAGUUCUGCUGAUAGUCCUGUCCUCUUCAGGGAGAAUACAUGUCUGUUGACUGUUCUGAGUGUCAUUCUCAGAACGAUGUAGCACUGAAGCUUUAACUGUGAAGCGUGGUGAGAGUGACUGAGCCACCAUGUAUGUGAAACAGGCUCACUGUGUGAGCAUGACUUAAUAUUCUGUUGUGUAACGGAAAAAUCACUGCCAACCCUCUCUCCUCUUGUGACGAUUGAUGUUAUGAUGCUGUUUGUGUGGAUACAGCCAUGAUAGGGCAAGUAAGAAGCAGGCAAAGUCUCUUCAGUUUGAUACUUCAUAGUAUGAGAAAUGAGACAUUCAAGGAUCUGUGAACAUAUUUGAAGUAACAUUUGUGCUGAGCCAAAAAGGUCAGUGAGGGGGAAAGAAGUGUCCCUCUUUUAUGAGACUUUUUCUUCUUUUUUCCUUUUUUUCAUUGAGCAAAGUGGUAGUAAUGAAACACAGACAGUGGAACGAAAUAUCUGAAGAACCGAGAGAUGAGUUGUUAGAGGAUAAUUGUAAAAUAUGAGAUGUUGUUUGUUUUUUUACAGUAACUGACCAUGGUUACACUUCACAUGUUGUCCCUUUGUUUGUUUGUCUUGUUUGAGGAAAUAAAACGCUUCCCAUCAUGAAA